ACACUUUUUUGACCGGACGAGUUUUCUUUACCUCAGCGUCUUCUGAGCAACUCUUUAAGGGUACUGAGUAUUGUAUUUUACCCGUUCAGUUACAGUAAACGGAUUGAUUUAACGCAGCAGAAGGAUGUUGAAGUUGAGUUGAAGUCUGUCUGUAAGUGUCGUGCUAUGGAAUUGGCGAGCGCUCAGUUAAUUCAUUAAUCUCUGCUGUUCGUAUUGAUCUCAAGUGGAGGACAAACACAUCUUUUUCACAGAAGAUGUUAUAAUGGGGACGUGUCUCUGGAUACUGCUGUUUUUACUGCACUGCAAUGAGGGGAUUCCUGGUCAACGGUUCACCAAAAAUCCCUCGAACAUCACAGUCACUCAGGGUAACAUGGCCCGUCUGGGCUGUGCCUUUGAAGGGUUGAGUGAACCAGAGAUUGCAUUUUUGAAAGAUGGAGAAAAGAUAUACAGCUCAGAUCAAAUGUACAUCACGCUGGAUGCGUACCAUUGGGAAACCUAUCACAGUGUUAAAUCCGUGCAACAGCAGGAUGCUGGGAAGUACUGGUGCGAGGUGGAAUAUGACGGCACAAUCAUUUCCUCAGAGCCUGCUUGGAUCACAGUGGAAGGUGUGCCCCAUUUUUUGCUGGAGCCCAGCGAUGUGGCCGCUUUUGCAGGAGAGCCCUUUAACCUGACGUGUGCCGCACGAGGUCCUCCAGACCCUGUGGAGGUGUUGUGGUGGCUGGGAGGUGAACAGAAGAGUGACUUCAUGCCCUCCCCUUCAGUUCUCUCGGUUAAAGGUGUUAAUGGGAGUGUAAAGUUUUACUGUGAAGCCAGGAACACACGAGGCAUCUCUGUGUCCCGUACAGGCACGGUGCACAUUAAAGUCCGUCCAGAUUCCCCUCAGGGUAUCAGGGUGCAUCAGGCAUCUAAUAGUAACGUUACACUAACAUGGAGCCCAGGUUUCACCGGACAUUCACUUCUUUCCACCUGCACUAUACAGAUGUCCAGGGGAGCUGGAAGAAAGGUGAAACUUCCUGACGUAGAUAUGCCAGUUCCGCCAUUCCAGCACAUGUUUGAUUCACUCAACAGUCAUUCAAACUACAGCGUGAGAAUCCGCUGUGAUAAUGAAGUGGGGUCUUCACCCUUCUCACAAUGGUUGGACUUUUAUACUCCAGAGGCCGCACCAUUAGCUGCUCCAAAGAACUUGACCUUUGAACUCAAAGAUCAGCAGCUGACUCUGUCCUGGGUGCCGCUGGAGGAGGCGGAGCUACGGGGACGAUUACUAGCAUAUAAAGCACAAUGGAGCCAGGGAGGAGAGAGUCAGGACCCCUUACUGUUCAAGGUAAACUACGCUCACCUUUCGGGUUCCGGGCGAUUCUUUAACUCCACUUUUCAGGUUUCUGCCUGCACGGCGGUAGGAUGUGGUCCAUGGAGUCAGCCGAUUCUUGUGAUGCCUGCAUCAGCAACAAAAGCUCAGACCCAGAGGGGCCACAUUUGGGUCGGGUUGCUUUUCGGACUUCUUCUGGCCACCAUGGUGGGGCUCCUGUUGACUGUUCUAUUACGGAAAAGGGGGAAAGAGACACAGUUCGGGUCUGCAUUCACAGCUCAAGGAACAGAAGCCCAAGUCACUUUUACUGCUGCCAGAUCCUUCAACAGGCAAUACCCUGAACUCCCAGAAUGCACUUUGGACAGCCUUGGAAUCAGUUGUGACUUGAAGGCCAAGCUACAGGAUGUUCUCAUCUCUGAAAGGCUCUUAACUCUGGGACGCAUGCUUGGCAAAGGUGAGUUUGGUUCGGUGAGAGAAGCGUUUCUCAAAACAGAGAAUAACUCCGGGCAGAAGGUUGCUGUGAAGGUCCUCAAAACUGAUAUUAACUCAACCAGUGACAUUGAACAGUGUCUUAAAGAAGCGGCAUAUAUGAAGGACUUCCACCAUCCCAAUGUCAUUCAGCUCAUUGGGGUGAGUCUACACAGAAGAGCUCAGCAGCGGCUGCCUGUUCCCAUGGUGAUCCUGCCCUUCAUGAAACAUGGAGAUCUUCACACUUUUCUUCUUAUGUCUAGACUUGGAGAUGAACCAUUUACCCUCUCUCAGCAAAUGCUGAUUCAGUUCUUGCUGGAUAUCGCUCGAGGGAUGGAGUAUCUUAGCAGCAAAAACAUCAUCCACCGGGAUUUGGCUGCCCGCAACUGCAUGUUGAAUGAAAAUAUGAUGGUAUGCGUAGCAGAUUUUGGUCUCUCGAAGAAAAUCUACAGUGGAGACUAUUACAGACAAGGGUCCGUCUCAAAGUUGCCUGUCAAGUGGAUCGCUCUGGAAAGCUUAGCAGACAAUGUCUACACAACACAGAGUGACGUGUGGGCAUUUGGUGUGACCAUGUGGGAGAUCAUGACCAGAGGCCAGACACCUUAUCCAGGAAUAGAGAACUCCGAAAUUUAUGAAUAUCUUAUCAAGGGAGAAAGACUCAAACAGCCUCCAGACUGCCCUGUUGACAUUUAUGAGAUCAUGCACAGCUGUUGGUCGCCUGUUUCAAAGUGUCGCCCUAGUUUCCAAUACCUGAUCGAUCAGCUGGAGGUUCAGUGGGCAAAGCUGAAUCCAGCUCCUGAAAAAGAGGCAAUGCUGUAUGUGAACCUGGAGGAUGAAGAGCAGGCCUCUGGGCCAGGGUUUGAUAUAGGGACGUGUAGUAGCGAUGAGCCUCUGUGGGGGGUGCCCUGGCUGUGCGCAGGUAUGGAGGACGAUGAGAAGAACUGGCUAAUGGUGCCAUCAGGUGCUGCACUUGCUAUUGAUGGAGACUAUCGGUACAUCAUCGGUCCACACGGCACAGAUAACACUGACGAUGCUCAAUCGGAAGACAUCAGAGAAGAAGAAGAGGAUGUCAUCAUAAAUGUGUGAUCUUUUGUGUGUUCCCUCUGUGUCUGUUGCACAAGUCGAGAAACUUUGGUAAAAGAAUAAUAGUACUAUAAAGAUACUAAGCAUUCCUACGAAGUCGCACUGGGAAAUGCCCAGGAAUAAUGCUAAGAACUUUUCUACAUGCUAACUCUAGGGGCAUGAAGCACCUUGUGGACAAUCAUCUGCUACUACGUUUUAGAAAAAUGAUUUGUGGACAUGUAAUUUCAAUGCUAAUUGAUAUUCACUAACUAAUUCUGACUGUAGAAAUGCUGUCAUUUUUAGAGUAAAAUCUGUGAUUUAUGAAGUGUUUGGCACAGUACAUUCUUGUUAGAAAUUGAGUGUUGUUUGUGCUUGUACUGUUAAUUUUUUUAUGUUUUGUACUUGUGACUUCCCAGUUGCUGGGGUUCUCAGAUUGGGUGCCUUCAUUUAAAAGUUUUUACAAUAACACUUUUUUUUAUUUAUAACCUGCAGUGAGUUACAGGGAUGGCUCACCAGAAAAUAAAUCCUCCCAUCAUUUAUAUACCCUCAUCCCAUUCAAAACCUGUAUAUGACCACAAAAGAAGAUAUUUCGAGAAAUGACUCUGUGGUUUUAUGGCAACGAAUUGAAGUCAGUGGGGGCAAAUUUUUUGUCUAUCAAACUAGUUAUUUAUGUAUUUUGCAGAACACAAGAUUAAUUAAAGUCAUUCAGAUUAGACAUGACAUGAGGGUGAGUAAAUUAAGAAUUUUUGGUGAACUGUCCCUUUAGGGCUGUCGAACUCUUGUUGUGCUUGGUUAACGUUUAUGGCAAACCCUCAAUGGAGCAUUCUGAGAAUGGUAUAUCAAGGGACUAAUGGUUUAUAUUUGUUUAUGCUAUGUUGAAUGAUUAUUCCGCAAAACCGAGCAUUACAGAACCCUGACAGCUUUUUUUGUUGUUUUUUAGCUUUUGUUCUAUUGUAGUUCAUCACUACACAGCUAAAGCGGAUUUUAGAGUGUUAAAUCAUUUGUAAAUGCUUAGGCAAAUGCUAAAUGAUAAAAUGUAAAUGAUGAACAAACUGGCCUUUUUGUUGUAGAUCUCAUACAUUAUCAAGUGUUAUUAAUUAUGAAAGCUGAACUCCAUUCAGGUCUUUUUGCACCUGCCAUUAACAUGUCAAAUCUCUGAGUUACAUUUAUUUAUCAAAAUAAAGCUGAAAGACUUUUUUACAGUUAAA